AUGGCGGAAAGCAUGCCAUUCGCCAAACCGCCGGAACCGCUGGAAAUUUUGAUGGGAAAUCCUGCUCACUCGUGGGGAAAAUGGAAACAAAAAUUCGAAAUUUACCUCAAGGCAAUUGGAGCUUCAAAGAAACCCGAUGAAAUGAAAGUGGGGCUGCUAUUAAACCACAUCGGCGAGACGUGUUUGGAAAUUUACUCGAAUUUCACCUACUCACCUGAGCGUGACAACCCCGCGGGUGGAGAAGAGAAACUUCCAGCCGAAGACUCCGACAACUACGCGACCGUUGUGGCAAAGUUUGAUGAAUACUUUCAAAAACGGGACCCUCAACUCAUGCUGAGAGAGAAAUUUUGGCUUCACCUUAAACGAGAACCCACGCAGACCUUUGAUUCGUGGGUCGUGACUGUCAAGGAAAGAGCCGCCGAGUGCAAGUUUCCAGCCGAUUUCUAUGAGCAAGCAGUUAGAGACAAACUUACCUUUUCCUGCAAGGAAGACAAUUACAAGCUAAAACUCUAUGACGAGGGAGCAGCCCUUUCACUCGAAAAGGCAGUGAAGAUCCUGUCCUUGAAGGAAGCAACAAAACGCGAGUUACAAGAAUCAAAAACCGCAGAGAUUGAGAGUGUCACACCGCGAGGGAACAGGCCAGACCCUCAUGCUGGUCAAGAUACAGAGCAAAGGAACCAGCGAGACUCCAAGAGGAAGGCUUCCAAACAAGUGGCCGGAACUAGUGUACCUCCAAAAACGGUCAACGAAGUUCUCGAAACUGAGGAUGACUUUAGCCUCACAUUUGUGGGAGGGGUUACUACACCCACUUGUUCAAAUACUUCCAAGGCAGAACCAGCAGCAAACUCUCAAAUCAGUAGGUCCGACCCUGGAUGGCAUGUCAAACUCAAGAUUCAAGAUCAAGACACGCUGACAUGGUGCAUCGACACAGGAGCACAAGUGUCUGUGAUGCCUGAGCACAUCUACAAGUCCUCAUAUGGGACACUUUCAAAAUCUGACAGAGAACUUGUCGGAGCAGGGGAUGUUCCUUUAAAGACCCUUGGAUGUGCAGUCAUGAACCUCAAACAAGACGAAACAGUCAUUAAAGAACGAGUGUACGUAGUCAGUGGGGCAUCCAAGUUGCUUCUUGGGAUACCCGCUAUCCGAAGUCUUGGUCUUAUCCAUGACAUCCCAGGGACAUACAGUGUUAAAGCGGUCCAUCAAACGCCUGAUAGCCAUCCACUCCAAUCAGCGACUAAGGGGGACAUUGUCAAGCAGUACCCGACACUCUUUCAAGGCCUUGGCAAAUUGGAGGGUGAGCAUACAAUUCAUUUGAAGGAAGGGGCCACACCCUUUUGUCUGACCACUCCCAGGCGAGUACCACUGCCACUUAUGAAGCAAGUGCAGGAGGAGAUCAAACGUAUGGAACAACUGGACGUUAUUGAACCAGUAGACGAGCCGACAGAAUGGUGUUCACCGAUUGUGGUAGUGCCAAAGGUCGAUGGAAGGGUGCGGAUAUGUGUUGAUCUCACAAGGCUUAACCAAGCAGUCCGCCGAGAAGUCUAUCAAAUGCCAACAGUUGAAGAGACACUGGGAAGCCUUACAGAGGGAUCAGCAUUCUCCAAACUUGAUGCCAACUCAGGGUUUCAUCAGAUAGUCCUAAACCCAGAAAGUGCCAAGCUAACUACCUUUAUUACGCCCUUCGGCCGUUACAUGUUUAAGCGUCUUCCCUUCGGCAUAUCCUCAGCCCCAGAAUAUUUCCAAAAGAGGAUGGACAAAGAACUCUCUGGAAUAGAGAGGGUCAAGUGCCGCAUGGAUGAUAUUCUAAUCAUCGGGAGAGACCAAGCGGAACAUGACAAACGACUUAAGCAAGUCCUUGACAGGCUAGUCGAGAGGAAACUAACACUCAACCUUGAGAAGUGUUUAUUUUCUCAGUCCAGGUUGCAAUACUUGGGCCAAAUCAUCGACAGUGAUGGAAUCAGGAAAGAUCCUUCCAAGGUCAUAGCUAUCACCGACAUGGCAGAACCUCAGAACAUUGCAGACCUGAGACGUUUCUUAGGUUUGGUCAACCACCUUAUGAAGUUUUGCCCAAAUCUGGCUGAGAAGACGAAACCCUUAAGAGACUUGCUUAAGAAGGAGAGAGCGUGGGUGUGGGACACAGCCCAACAAGAAGCCUUUCAACAGCUGAAAGCAGACAUGGCAUCCGACCAAGUUCUUGCACUGUACGAUCCAGAGAAGGAGACCAUGGUCUCAUCUGAUGCCAGCAGUUUUGGACUUGGUGCAGUCCUUAUGCAGAAACAGCCGUCCGGUGAGAUGAGGCCAGUGGCCUAUGCUAGCAGAUCAAUGACCGAGACAGAGCGUCGUUAUGCCCAGAUCGAAAAAGAGGCCUUGGCUAUCACAUGGGCACUUGAACACUGGGCUGAAUUCUUGAUCGGAAUGAGAUUUAAAGUGGAAACAGAUCACAAGCCAUUGAUUCCAUUGUUUUCCACAAAGCUGAUUGACGAGCUACCAGUGCGCAUACAACGCUUCAGGAUGAGACUCAUGAGAUUUGACUUUGCCAUCGCACAUGUUCCGGGCAAACUCUUGUACACAGCUGAUUCAUUGUCUCGAUCACCCCAGGAGGGUAAAGCCCAGGAGCCUAAGUCAUGGAACGACCUACAUGACGAAGUCGAGUGCUAUGUGAAUGCUGUAUUGGUAACCCUACCUGCCUCGGACCAGCGGUUAGAUGAGAUACGUUCUGAGUUGAAGAAUGAUGACACACUUAAAACUGUGAUGCAGUAUGUACAGAAUGGAUGGCCUGAAGAGAAACGAAGAGUCCAUGGGCCAAUAGCUAAAUACUGGAGUGAACGUGGCAACAUCUCCCUCCACGACGGUCUGCUUCUGAGAGAUCGACGAAUCAUUAUACCUCCAAGGCUAAGAGCAGAUGUAUUAAGGCGUCUUCAUGAUGGUCAUCAAGGGAUUACCAAAACACGUGCGAAUGCGGCCUCCUCAGUGUGGUGGCCUGGAAUCUCCCAAGACAUUACAAGAGUUGUGCAGAACUGUGCCAUGUGUGAGAAAUAUCGCAGAGAACGCAUUGAGCCAAUGAAAGGUACUGAGUUUCCAGAACGACCGUGGAGCAGAGUUGGCGUAGACUUCUUUCAGCACAAGGAUAAACAUUACCUCCUAGCCGUAGAUUACUUUUCAAGAGACAUAGAGAUAAGUCAAGUGUCCAAGAAUGUAAACUCUGCCCAGACUAUCCUGCAACUUAAGAAGAUCUGCAGUCGACAUGGGAUUCCAGACAUCUUAUUUAGCGACAACGCCCCGCAGUUUGAUUCACGCGAGUUCACUACCUUUUCCACAGACUGGCAGUUUCAGCACAUAACCUCAUCUCCAAGAUACCCCCAGUCCAACGGAGAAGUGGAAAGGGCGGUCCAAACUAUGAAGACAGUCUUGAAUAAGAGUAGUGACGAAUACUUGGCUCUCCUGAACUACAGAGAUACUCCAUUGCAUCACGGUUACUCUCCAGCACAAUUAAGCAUGGGUCGGAAACUUCGUACUAGAGUCCCCUGUCACCCAGAUGAGCUGAAGCCAGAGACCCCAGACUAUGAUCACAUCAGAAGAAAAGAGAAGGAGUACCGAGCUAAGAUGAAAUUCGAUUAUGACCAUAGACACAAAGUAGUAGAGGGAGAGGAACUCUCACCCGGCGACCGUGUUUGGAUUCCUGAUCUGAAAGCAGAAGGGACAGUAAUUAAGCAACACGAGUCUCCAAGAUCACUAGUCAUUCAGACCCGAAAUGGCCAAGUGAGAAGGAAUCGGCGGAUGACACGAAGAGUUUUUGAGGGAAAUCCUCCGGUCUCACCCCAGAAUGAAGGCAAUGAGAGCCGCGAGCCAAUACCAAGAAGAGAGAUGAACCCAGAUGUACCCUCAGCUCCUGGAGCCAGCCAAGAAGACUAUGAAGAACUAUCUGUCCCUGAGGACCAACCAGCAGUAGACAAGCCCUUGCAGCCUGAACCGAUGCUGACACGCCUUAGACCUAGAGGAGCUCUUAGAAGACCAGACAGACUUAUUGAACAAUGCUAA